AUGAAGACCUCCACAGCUGCCCUUGCUGUGCUUUUUGUGGCUGUCCUCUGCUACCAGGUCUCCUCAUCUCCAAUAUCUGUCAACUCUGGUCCCUGCUGCCUCAGCUACAGCCCCAGACCACUACCUGCAAGACUCGCAGUGGAAUAUGACUACGUAGGCAGCCACUGCCCGCAGCCAGCUGUGAUAUUUACCACAGCUUUACACAAGAUGGUCUGUGGCAAUCCCCAGGAUAAGUGGGUCCAGAACAUCGUGGAUCGGCUAAAGGGCAAGGCAGGCAGCAGCUGA